UUGAAUUCUCAACAUUCUCUCAACCGGUGUAAUAUCUAGUGUAAUGUACGUAACUAAAGACUUUAUUAGCGCAUGGCCGGCGCGUGGUGGCAUUGAAUAAAGAGUCGACUUGUUUCAUUUCACGUCAAUUCGUUCUUUACCACAAUCUAAAAUGUUGUCAAUUGCAAGAGAUACAUUAAAAAAGUCCAGGAAUGUUUCUUUGUACACAAAAUCGUUCAGUUAUACUCCUUCACUUAGUACGAGAUUCAAAAAACCCAGCAAUGAAUCCGAAAAUCAAGAACCCCUUGUGUUACGCGAAAACAAUCAGUUGAAUGAUCACACCACAACUGCUGACGUGAGAGAACUAGAAUUUCCAUUACAAAACUCAUCAGAGGCAUCACAUCAUCAAGUGAUAUGCAGUGACCAAAAUUCUUCAAAUCUAAGUUCAAAUCCCUCUGUUGAUCUGCCCAGUCUGCAAAGCCUAGAUUGUAGAUGUAUACCAAUUGCAGAGCAUGAAACUGUGCUACCCAAGAUGAUGCACUAUCUCAAACCCAUACAUCGGGAUAGGAUCCAUCCCAGUUUGAAGGAUUGCGUAGUAUUUUCGAAUUCAAUAGUGAACACAAUCAGAAAGUUUGAUCGACACAAACAAUGUGGGUUACAUCAAAAGGACAUUCAAGGCACAGAUCUAUUAUUGAUUAAAACUAAAAACAGUCCUCUGAUAACACGUUCUAGCGGAUUACACACCACGGCUGUAUCAUCAAUUUUUACAACUACACCAAGUAGGGUAUCUCUGAGUAGUAGAAUGUACAGAAGAUUAAAAGGCAAAAAGUCAUUGACACAAACUGAAUAUGAUGACAUUAAUGGUCAAUUUGAAGUUUUUGAACCUGAACUGAACCAUACUAUUCAAGUACCCAAAAGUGGUUUAGAUUCAAGUCAAACUAGGACAUUUGAAGACCAUGAUGACCCAUUUGCUGCUGAUGAUUUUCUUAACACAAUGGACCAUUCAUCUGCAAAGACUGAAAUGAAGAUUGGACGAAAGCACUCACAAAGAAAGUCUCAAAAUGUGGGUGCUGCAGAAAUGUCAAAUACUCCAACCAGUGUUACAUUUAAUCAUGAAAAAAUGGAAAAACAAUAUCCUGAUGCUAGACAAGUCUUGAAUAAAGUUUGUACCAUUGUUAGCACAGAAUUAAAAAAUGAGAAGUACAUGAUCAACGCGAGUUACGAAAAGAUUGAUCAUAAGAAAAACUCCUAUUGGCAAUGCACCUACAAUAUGCUAUGGCCAAACGAAAUGAAUAUCUCAGCUACUGGGAAAAAUAAAUCUGCUGCUGCUAAUGUAGCUGCUCUCAAAUGUUUACAUUAUCUACAAAGUAUUGGUAAACUGCGAAAUGGAAUACCAAUACUUUACAACCCAGAGCAAGUUAGCGAAAUCCUGAAUAAAUCAGAAAUAAUACGAAUUGAACCCAAAGUGGUUGCUAGUAUAAAUGCACUUCUGCAGAAUUAUAAUCAGCAUAUAGCGCCAAUACUAGCUCCAACUAAUUCAAUAACUGGACUAAAUGAAAUAGAUGAAAGAAUCAUUGGAGUAAAAGAUAAUCCUGAAGAUAUCCAUGGUGGAAAUCUAUUACCACCAAUAAAUGAAAUGGCGUUGUCAUCACAUCGUUUACAUGAUCCACUCCGAGAAACACCUUUAAAGAAGUAUAGCCCAGAUAUUUUGAAUCAGCGGAAUGUGGAUCUGUUUCAGAGUCUCGAAAGCCAGCGAUUCGAGAGGAAAACUAAACUGCCUAUCAUUGAUUACAGGGAGGAUAUCCUAAGCCAAUUAGAUGAUGAACGUGUCUUGUUGAUCAAAGGUGAACCAGGAUGUGGAAAAAGUACGCAGGUUCCACAAUUUAUACUGGACGAUUUUAUUAAAAAAGGAAAUGGAACAGGCUGCAACAUAAUUAUCACCCAACCACGUAGAAUCUCUGCAAUCUCCUUAGCCAAACGGGUGGCUCAAGAGAGAGAUGAAGAGCUAGGAAAAUCGAUUGGUUACCAAGUUAGAUUGCAGAAUGUUUUACCAGAUGGUCCCAGUGGUGGAAUACUGUUCUGCUCUUCGGGAAUACUUUUACGAAAAAUGCAACAUAAUCCCAAUUUGCUUGGUUGUUCACACGUCGUUCUGGAUGAAGCUCACGAACGGGAUUUGAAUACAGAUGUACUGCUGGUCCUACUGUCUAGAGCCCUUAAAAAAAAUCCAGACCUAAAACUUAUCAUAAUGUCUGCCACACUAAACGCAGAAUUGUUUGAACGUUAUUUUAACUGCAACACAAUAAGCAUACCUGGUUUCACAUAUCCAGUAAAAAUGCACUUUUUGGAGGACAUUUUACGACUUCGCAUCAGCGGCAUAAAUAAUUCAUCUAUGUCCAUACCGAAUCCUGUUGUGAACUCUGAAGAAAUGGCACAUUUAAUCGAAUGGAUUUCGUACAAUAAACCACCGGGGGCUAUAUUGUGUUUCUUGCCAGGGUGGUCUGAAAUAUUGAGAAUGAAACGAAUUUUGGAAGAAACCUUACCCCAGAAAUCUCACAUAAUCUUACCUGUGCACUCGCGAUUGCCCUACUCGCAACAGAGUUUGAUUUUCAAUAGAACAGAUGGAGUCAGAAAGAUAAUACUUGCGACAAAUAUUGCUGAAACUAGUAUAACUAUAGACGAUGUCGUAUAUGUUGUGGACUCUUGCGCGCACAAAGAAGUCAGGCUGCAAGAAGAUUCUGGUAUGUCUAGUAUCGACAACCAAUGGGUUUCUCAGGGUAAUAUAAACCAAAGAAAAGGGAGAGCUGGUCGAGUACAGCCCGGUGAAAGUUUCCAUUUCAUUACCAAGGACAAAUAUGAAUCGCUUGACGAGUUUCCAACUCCAGAAAUUAUGCGAGCUGAACUUCAGAAAGCUGUUCUAGACUGCAAAACUUACACAUCUGAGAAAGUGGCGGAAUUUUUUUCAGAGAUGCCUGAACCACCCAGAAUGUCAGCUGUGCAGCUCGCUGUUGAUGAAUUGAAAGAUCUCGGUGCCCUAGACGAAAAUGAGGAUUUGACAGCACUAGGAAAACGAAUAUCAUUAUUUUCCAUAGAUCCAAGACUGAGUAAAGUAAUGGUUUACUCAGUAAUCUUCCAAUGUGUCAGUCCGAUCGUCACGCUCGCAUCGUUUCUGGCUUCAGAUUUUGAGAUAUUUUCUGACAGACUGUACGACAAAGGACCAAUAAGAAAAAUAAAACAAAAUUUUCAACCUGCGAGCGAUCAUCUGGCCCUUUCAUGGCUCUAUGAGCAGUGGAACUCAUAUGCUACUCGGAACCCGAGAAAAGGUAUCCAGUUUUGUAACGAUGCACAGAUUGAAUCCAAUAAAAUGAUGCUACUAAAGAAACUGAGGAGCUUAUACGGUGAACAUUUAUCUCAGUGUCGUAUGCUGAGACCCCAUGAUCCUUGGGAUGAUCUCAAUUCGUCGAUAAAUAAUUACGCUCGCCACGACGAGUUUGUACAAGGCGUUCUCCUAGCUGGACUAGAUAGAGUACUGCACAAGAAAAAUGCUGAGCUUAAAAACGGAAGACUUAAGACUGUUCAAAAUGUUAUGCAGAUGCAAGAUGGCCGCAGAGCUACCCUGACACCCGAUAGUGUAAAUUAUAACAGACGAAAGUGGCCAAGUCGGUAUCUCACCUACCAGCGUCACGUCCACAGUUCAGAAAGACGAACCACCCUGAUCCGAGAAAGCAGUCUUGUCAGCCCUCUGACGGUACUGUUAUUUUGUGAGGGAGAUAUUACACAAUAUAACCAACAGAAAAACGGAAUUGAAACAAACAAUGUUGUUCUGACAUUCCAGAAGAAAAAGAAUGUCAAGCUGAUUCUUGAUUCGGAAACUGCCCAGGUCUUGCUGCAGCUCAAAAAAGUAUUGCAGAAUGUUAUUCGCUACUACAUUGAAAAUCAAGGCUUGGCUGAAAAUCAUGCACAUACAAGAGAAAUUGAGAUCUUCAAAAGAAAUCUAAUCGCAUUAAUGAGCAAUAUGUUGGUCGACUCUGAUGAGGAGAUUAGUUAUUUCGAAGACGAAAAUGAUUUGAACGUUGCGAAAGAUUAGUAGUUGUAGUUACACUUGUCACUUUAUUAGUAAAUUUUUGACAUCCAUGUAAAUAUAGAAUAAAUGCGAUGUAAUACAUUCUAG